AUGAAUUAUAAAGAGUUAAUUAUAAGGUUAAAAGAAUUAUCAAUAAACUAUGAUGCAUUUAAACACGUUGCAACCCCCAAUAUGGAGACUAUGAUUAAUACACUUAGGAAAGAAGCUGAAGAGACAAAUACUUUAUUUGCAAAAAAUUUAGUAUUAAAACCAAAGAAUAAAGAUAUUUUAUAUCUUAUAACAGCUCAUAAUGAUACUAAUACUAAAAUGAAGAAUUUAGGUCCAAUUCUCGGUUGCUCAUCAGGAAAUUUACGUUUUGCAGAUGAAAAUAUUUUAUAUUCUAACUUGGGGGUAUAUCCUGGUAGUGUAACACCCUUAGCUUUAUCUAAUGAGAAUUGUGCAAAUGUAGAAGUUUUUUUUGAUGAAAAAUUAAGAGGGAGUAAGGUUUUUGUACAUCCAUUAACAAAUACUGAGAGCUUUUCAAUAUCCACUGAUGAUUUAGUUAAGUUUGUUGAAUCAUGUGGAAAGAGUGUAAAUUGGUUUAAUGUUGAAAAUAAUAUAACGAAUAAAGAGACUAUACCUCAAAUUGUGUCACCACAAUCUGGAGAAAAUUUACUUGGAAUAACUGCUAAUAAAGAAACUUGUUUUGCAGAAUGGUACUCACAAGUAAUUUUAAGAUCUGAGAUGAUUGAUUACUAUGAUGUAUCAGGCUGUUAUAUUUUAAGGCCAUGGAGUUACUUUAUUUGGGAAACAAUAAAAUCUAAAUUUGACAAUAAGAUUAAAAAUUAUGGUGUUCAAAAUUCAUAUUUUCCUAUAUUUGUAACAAAACAGAGAUUAGAGACAGAGAAAAGUCAUGUUGAAGGUUUUUCACCAGAAGUAGCCUGGGUAACAAGAUCUGGUGAAUCAGAUCUUGCAGAACCAAUUGCAAUAAGACCUACAUCUGAAACCAUAAUACAUCCUCAUUAUGCAAAGUGGAUACGUUCUCAUAGAGAUUUACCACUGAAAUUAAAUCAAUGGACAUCUGCUGUACGUUGGGAAUUUAAACAACCUACCCCAUUUAUUAGAACUAGAGAAUUUUUAUGGCAAGAAGGUCAUACAGCACAUGCUACUAAUGAAGAAGCUACAGAGAUGGUAAGGACUAUUCUUGAUGAUUAUGCUGAUAUAUAUCAAGAUUUAUUAGCAGUCCCUAUAAUUAAGGGAAUUAAGUCAGAAUCUGAAAAAUUUGCUGGUGCUAAUGAGACUAUGACAAUUGAAGGAUUUAUUCCUGAAAAUGGAAGAGCUAUUCAAGCCGCUACAUCUCAUAACCUUGGACAGAAUUUUAGUAGUAUGUUUGGAAUUGAAUUUGAGGAUGAGAAAGGUACGAAACAAUUUGUAUAUCAAACAUCUUGGGGUUUAACAACAAGGUCUAUUGGAGUUAUGAUAAUGACUCAUGGUGAUAAUAAUGGUAUUAUUCUACCUCCAAAAGUUGCUCCAAUUCAGGUAGUGAUAAUUCCAAUAGUAUUCAAGAGUUCAAUAACAGAAGAACAAAAGAUUAUGUGUGAAGAAGUGGAAAAAUUACUUAAGGAAGAAGGGAUUAGAGUACAUAUUGAUGAUCGUCCAAAUUAUACCCCUGGAUGGAAAUAUAAUCAUUGGGAAGUAAAGGGGGUUUGUAUUAGGGCCGAAAUUGGACCAAAAGACAUUGAGUCAAAGAGUGUACGUAUUGUUAUAAGAGAUAAUAGGGCAAAGAAGGAUAUACCUAUUAGUUGCCUUCAAAAAGAAAUACCUGAAUUACUAGAAGACUUACAGAAAAGAUUGUAUAAUUUAGCAAAAGAGAAGUUUUAUUCAUCUAUUGUACAAGUAAAGAGUUUUAGUGAAGUUAUACCUCUAUUAAACAAGAAGAAACUUGUACUUGCACCAUGGUGUGAGUCUGUGGAAUGUGAAGAAGAUAUUAAGAAGGAGACAACAAAUGUAAGUAUACAGAUGAGUAAUCAAAACUUUACAGACUCAUCAGGUUUGACAGGUGCAAUGAAGUCUCUAUGCAUUCCACUUGAGCAACCAUUAUUGGAAGAGAAUACAAAGUGCUUUUUUUGUAAGAAGUUUGCUAAGAGCUUUACAAUUUUUGGUCGAAGUUAUUAG